CCUAAAUCCAUUUGGUUAGCUUUUCUUUCUCUUUUGCUAUUGGCCAAGCUUUCUCACUUCCAUUCUCAAGCAUCCUAUCAUCAUCAUCAUCAUUUUAAAACCAACUCUACCAUGUUUAGUACCAAGUGCCUUGAAACUGAGAGGCAAACCAUCCUUCAAUUUAAAAGUGGUCUUUCUGAUCCUGCCCACAGGCUUUCUUCUUGGACUGGAGAUGAUUGUUGCUCAUGGAUGGGCGUUGCUUGCAGUAACGAUGUCCCUAGACAUGUUAUCAAGCUGGACUUGCGGAAUUCCCAAUUAAUACUUCGAGAUUCUCAUUAUUAUUAUUAUUAUUAUUAUUAUUAUUAUUAUUAUAGUACCGAUGCUUACACAUCAUGUGAUAUAAAUAAGGCGCUUGGAGGAAUGCUAGAUCCAAAUCUUGUAAACCUCAAGCAACUUCGUUUUUUGGACUUGAGCUGCAAUGCUUUCAAUCAAAUUCGCAUUCCAGAAUUCAUGGGCUCUUUCAAGAAGUUGGAAUAUCUCAACCUCUCUCAAGUUGGCUUCACAGGUACUAUCCCACAUCACUUGGGAAAUCUCUCUAUGUUGAAAUCCCUUGAUCUAUCUUCCAAUUAUUGGGAAUCUCUUGUCAUUGACAAUGCUGGUUGGCUAUCUAGACUCACUUCUUUGAAAUAUCUCAACAUAAGCUAUGUUGAUAUGUUACAAGCAUCCAAUUGGCUUCCUGUAAUUAACAUGCUUCCUUCCUUGCUUGAGAUCCGUCUAAGUUCUUGUCACCUUUCUGGGCCAUUACUCAAUCUUCCAUAUGUGAAUUUUACAUCUCUAUCUACUCUUGAUCUUUCUUUUAAUCACAUUAACUCCUCCUUACCUGAUUGGUUGUUCAAUCUCAACAAUCUUGAAUAUAUGUACCUCAAUGGCAAUCAUUUUGAAAGCAAAAUUCCUAGUAACAUUGGGAACUUGACUUUUCUCAAAGCCCUUGAUUUAUCUUUUAACUCUCCUAGUAACCUUCUGAUACCUUCAACUCUUGGCAAUCUUUGUAAUUUGCAUACCUUGUCUUUAUCUUAUCUCGAUCUAAGUCUAGAGCAAGCUAAAUUGGGCAGGAUUUUCUUAGGUUGCAUUAUAAAUAGCUUGGUGGAGUUAGACUUAAAAGGCUCCCUUAAUGGGUCAUUACCAGGUUGGCUAGGAACUCUCACCAAUCUCAAAAUCCUUGACCUUUCUUACAAUGGAGGUCUUUCACUAUCUACAUCUCUUAGCAAUCUGUGUAAACUACAAACAUUGUCUCUCUAUUAUCUUGAUCUAAGCAAAGAGACUGCUAAUAAAACUGCAAGGAUUUUCUCUGGAUGCAUCGUAGCAAGCUUGAAGGAGUUACAUUUAGCCAAUACUAACCUUCAAGGUGAUAUGCCAUAUUGGAUAGAUGGUCUCAAGAACCUCAAGUUGCUUGACCUUUCCUCGAAUCAAAUAAACUCCACCUUACCUCAUUGGUUAUUUAAUUUGACCACAAUUUCCUACUUGGAUCUAUCAGAUAAUGAUUUUCAUGGAUAUAUUCCAUCUGCCAUUGAAAACUUGAUUUCGAUGGAAGUGUUAUACUUGGAUUGGAAUGUUUAUCUUCAAGGCCCAAUACCUAUGACUCUGGGGAACCUUUGUAAAUUGCAAACAUUAGGGCUCAGUGGUAUAAAUAUUACCCAGAAUUUUCAAGAAUUUGGUGCUAUCUUUUCUGGUUGUAUCAAAAAUAGCUUGCAGGACUUGUACUUAUAUAAUACUUCACUGGCUGGUCAGUUACCAAAUGAGAUUUUGAAUCUAAAAUAUCUCAGAACUCUCAACCUUAGGCAAAACUUUCUUUCUGGUCCAAUUCCAACCAAUAUUGAUGAAUUCAUGAGUUCUCUUGAAAUCCUUGACCUUUCUUACAACCAACGUCUUUCAAUACCAACAUCUCUUGGCAAUCUGUGCAAGCUACAAAUCUUGUCUCUCUCUGGCCUUGAUCUAAGUAAAGCAGCAGCUAAAAUUCAACAAAUAUUCUCUGGUUGCAUUUCACAAAGUUUGAAUGUGUUAUAUUUGGCCAAAACCAACCUUCAAGGUGACAUUCCAUAUUGGAUAGCUGGUCUCAAGAACCUCAAAACUCUUGAUUUUUCCUGAUAAUCAAAUAAACUCUACCUUACCUCCAUGGUUAUUCAAUCUAACUAGCAUCUCUUACUUGAACCUAGCAUCUAAUUAUUUCCACGGAUAUAUUCCUCCAAUCAUUGGAAACAUGAUUUCACUGAAGGUAUUGCAAUUGGGUAUGAAUUUUCAUCUUGAGGGUCCGAUUCUUAUCACUCUUGGUAACCUUUGCAAUCUAAUGGUUUUGGACCUCAACGGUGUAAAUAUUAGCCAAAAUUUUCAAGAGUAUGGUGGCCCUUUUUCUGGUUGUAUCAGAAAUAGUUUGCGGGAAUUGCUCUUAGCUCAAACUUCACUUGUUGGUUAUGUUCCAGAUGAGUUUUGGAACCUCGAAUAUCUAGAAGUUCUUAACAUUUCACAUAACUCUCUCUUGGGUUCAAUACCUCCACGAAUUGGUAGGCUUUCAUCACUAUUUCGUUUAGAUCUAUCAAACAAUCACUUUAGUGGAGUUAUCCCAAAGAAUAUCAGGCAUCUAUCCAAUUUGGAGGAAUUGUCUCUGGAAAAUAACAAUUUUGAGGGUCCAUUGAAAGAAGACCAUUUGGCAACAAUGUCUUGGUUAUCAUAUCUCUUCCUCUCAAUCAACAAACUAAAUGGUACGGUACCUUUUAGUUUAUGUAAUUUGAAAAAUAUAGUAGUGUUGGAUAUCUCUAGGAACCAUUUGUCUGGAGAGCUUCCUAACUGUUGGAAUAAUGACUCAUGGUACAAGGUGUUGGAUUUUUCAAGCAACAAUAUAUCAGGAGGAAUCCCUAAUUCUAUUUGUUCUCUUCAUAAACUUGAGUCAUUGCAUUUGAGCAACAAUAAGAUAUCAAGUGUGUUUCCUACAUCUCUAAGGGAAUGUUAUAGUUUGGUUACUCUUGAUCUGAGUUAUAAUAAUUUUUAUGGAAGCAUACCAUAUUGGAUAAGCGAGAGCUUGGUGGAGUUGGAAAUUCUUAAUUUAAGAUCAAAUAGGUUUUCAAAGUACCUCCCUCCUCAACUUUCUAAUCUCCAGAGACUUCAUUUAUUAGACCUCUCCCACAAUAACUUGUCUGGUUCUAUACCAAAAAGCUAUGGCAAUUUUAAUGCCAUGAAAUUAUCUAACAAGAUGAGCCAUUUGGGAAAUUUUUUUUCUUACAAGGAGAAUAUCUUAUUGGAUAUAAAGGGGAAUGAGUACAAAUGUGAACUAAUUUUACCCCUAAUUAGUGUCAUGGACCUUUCUUACAAUUGUUUAUAUGGAAGCAUACCUGAAGAGUUAACUAAUCUUCUUGGAUUGAAGAGCCUAAAUUUAUCUGGAAAUAAUCUUAUCGGAGAGAUUACAAACAAGAUUGGCAAAAUGCAUGAACUAGAAUCUCUUGAUUUAUCUAGAAACAGCUUGUCGGGAGUAAUACCUUCUUCCUUGAGUAAUUUGGACUCUUUGGGGUCACUUGAAUUUAUCAUACAAUAAUUUGUCAGGAGUGAUUCCUUUUGAGAAGCAUCUAACUACAUUCGAUGAUCCAUCUAUCUACAUUGGCAAUAAUGAUCUUUGUGGUCCUCCUUUAAUGAAUUGUUCAAUGGAGGAAGGGCCAACAACUGCAACAGGUGCUGAUGAAGUAAAAGAUGCAAUGCUUUAUCUUAUCAUAGGCUCAGGUUUUGCCACUGGUUUAUGGGCAGUUUUUAUUAUUAUGUUGUUCAAGAGAACUUGGAGGGUUUCAUAUUUCCAAUACGUAGACAAUGUGCAUGAUCGGGUUUAUAUGGCAAUUCUUGUGAAGUUCACUAUGCUAAAGAGGAAAUAUCAAAUCUUCAGAUGUGUUGACUCCUUCAAUUCCAAUUAAUUAAGGAAGGCAAAGAUGAAUUUGAAUAAUGGGGAGUAUAAUCUUCUGCUUGGUCUGUGGAUGAUCUCUGUAUAUCUCAACAUACAUGGAACUAUAUCAAGCCUUGAUGCACAAGCUUUUUUUGUUUUCCUUUUGUUUGAAGCAGCUAAGCUUUCUUUUUUAAUUUUAAGUUUUAAUUUUUCUAUUUAAAUGCAGUUUGAUUUCG